AUGAACGAACCAAAGCUCCAAAGAAAACAUAGAAGUGGAGGGAAGCAGAGUUCAGUGGUAGCUUGUAAUAAUUUUGAAUAUCUAAGCGACGGAACACCAUCGAAAAUUCACUUCUUUAAGUUUCCAACCAAGCCAUCGCUUCGAAAUCGAUGGUGCAAUUUAAUCAAGCGGCAGCACGGCAGAGACGGCUUUUACGUGAAACCUUCAACGGUCUUAUGCGGCCAUCAUUUUAAGGAAAAUGACCUAUGCAUACCUCCGGGAGGAACGCGGUACAGGCUACGACUAGGAGCAGAGCCAUCCAUAUCCAUAGUGGUAGAGUUGUACGAGGUUGAACGACGGUAUAUUUCGCAAAUCCUUGCUCCACUCACAUCCCCGAGAAGCUUAAUCUCUAGACAAAACUUCGUACGUUAUUUCGUGGUCACUUUUGGUGUUCGAAAUCAACGAUAUCAACGGCUGUUCUUGUUUUGAAACGUUGUCAGGCUCGACGCAGACCACUUUUCUUUGAUAAAUAGCUCGACAUCUUAGGACAAGAUCAGCCUUC